AGUUCGAUGGGCAUAUGUUGCAGGCCUGUGGAACCCCAAUGUAAAAUAAUCAAUUCUACAUGUGACUCUCUGUUUCCCUAUGCAUCCCAUGCCUACGGGAUCAAAGUGGUUCUCCCUUGAAAAGAAACAAGGAGAGAACAGCGUACCACCAACUAUUCUACUUAGUUUUAGUGGUGUUCGAGUUUUGAACAAAGAAGAGAGACCUAUAGAAUGAGACUGAUGCCUUGAUGGUGAAUGAAAAGUCUAAGAGCUAUAUAGUCCGAGUGCUCUUUUACAUUUCCUAUGAUUCAUUCAAACACAUAGUACUUGUUGUAGACAACGGCGGUUGGAUGGAUGAUAAAGCUUACUUCAUUGCUACCCGCUACCAACACAAAUAAUAGUCUUUCUCUUUCACAUGGUCUAAAUAUAAAAUUUGGCAUGUUGAAAAAACAAAUCAAUGGUAGAAGAAAUAAUAUUGACACAAUUUUAAAAAAUAAAUUCAAGAGGAUGGAAGAGAGAGCUGAUCAACCAACAGGUCAACCCAUCCGCCCCGGCUAUUAUUAAGCAACAAGAUUGCACUUCCUGCCUUCCACUUGUGUUUGUCCAGACACUGACCGAGGCACCAACAAUUGCUCUCGGUCACUCACAAUGCGCAAGCACAUUUCAGAAAUUAUCUCCCCAUGUACUAUCUCGCCGGAUGAAUCUUUUUCAAAACACACAUCUUAAAGUUUUUCUUUUUUUGGUCAAGUGCUAGUGGGAAGUGGUUAGAUUUGUUUAGUGAAGCCGGCAAGCAAAGUGAUGUCAGGUCAAGUAAACUAUGGCAUGUUCUAAAAAUUCAGGCAAGGACUAAGUCAACGAUGACUACACAAUCUACAAAUCAUUUUAUUUAUUUUUUGUAAGGAAGGUAUUCAGGAAGGUUGGGCGACUUGUUAGUAGAUUAACAGUUAAACAUCAGUGUUAACUAGGAAGCUGCCUGGUGGGCUGGGGGCAGUUGUGUAAAAUCCUAUUUUCUUGACCCAAAUUUCUUUGUGGCGACUACGACUACAAGGGAUAGACAAAAUGGGAGCACGAUCUGCUUCCUUAUUUACCCCCAAUCCUCAUCCUCCUUGACGAUUAGACCUCCAUUGAUGCUUUAUCCAGUGAGAGAACAUCAUAAGCUUUUGGCUCCCAUGCUAGCUUCACCAAAAAAAACAUGAAGAAACUUCAGUUGCACAACAGAACAUACAGCAAGGUAUUGCAGAUGCAUUACCUUGGCGUUGCUCUUGUGUUGAUGGUAUUCUGCUUGCCCUCUCCUACCAGUUCCUGCACCGAGCAGGAGAAGGACUCCCUUCUCCGGUUCCUUGCCGAGCUCUCCCAAGACGGCGGCCUCUCCGCGUCAUGGCGGAAUGGCACGGAUUGCUGCAAGUGGGAAGGGGUCGCCUGCAGGCAAGACAGGACGGUCAGCCAUGUCUUGCUGCCUUCGAAGGGCCUCAAGGGGCACAUCUCACGGUCCCUUGGCGCCCUCACCGGGCUGCAGCACCUCGAUCUCUCUGAAAACUUGCUGUCCGGUGGCCUGCCCCGGGAGUUAUUGUCUUCCGGCAGCAUCGUCUUCCUUGAUGUCAGCCUUAACCAGCUCAACGGAACACUCCGUCAGCUGCCAUCUUCACCACCUGCCAGGCCUCUGCAGUUGCAGGUACUAAACAUCUCAAGCAACUUAUUUGCAGGACAGUUUCCAUCCGCAAUAUGGAAAGCAAUGGAGAAUCUGAUGGCACUCAAUGCCAGCAACAACAACUUUAUUGGGCGGGUACCAGCUCAAUUCUGUAACAGCUCACCAUCCCUCACUGUGCUCGAUCUGUGUUUCAACAAAUUUAGUGGCAGCAUCCCCCCAGGACUUGGUGAUUGCUCCAAGCUGAGAGAGCUCAAGGCCGGGCAUAACAACCUCAGUGGAACACUCCCAGAUGAACUCUUCAAUGCAACCUCGUUGGAAUACCUGUCUUUGGAAAACAAUGAUUUACAUGGAGUUCUUGAUACUGCAAACAUGGUCAGCCUUAGAAAUCUCGUAACCCUUGAUCUUGGAGGGAACCGAUUCAGUGGCAAGAUACCAGAUUAUAUAGGCCUGUUCAAGAGACUGGAGGAGCUCCAUUUGAACAACAACAAUAUGUCAGGGCAGCUGCCAUAUGCCCUCAGCAACUGCACAAAUCUCAUAACAGUUGACCUGAAGAGAAACAGACUUAGUGGAGAACUUACCAAUGUCAAUUUCUCCAAUCUUCCCAAACUAAAAACUUUAGAUCUAGAUUCCAACAACUUAUCCGGCACAGUUCCAGAAAGCAUAUACUCGUGCAGUAAUCUGACAGCGCUGCGGCUAUCUACCAACAACUUACACGGGCAGCUCUCGUCAAGAAUAGGUAAUCUGAAGCAUCUGUCCUUCUUGUCACUUGGCAAAAACAAUUUCACAAACAUCACAAAUGCACUUCAGAUCCUUAAGAGCAGCAAGAACCUGAGCACACUGUUUAUUGGGCACAACUUUAGGGGAGAGAUCCUCUCACAGGAUGAAACAAUUGAUGGUUUCGAAAAUCUUCAGGUUCUCGAUAUACAAGGUUGCCAAUUUUCCGGCAGAAUACCUGUAUGGAUAUCAAGGGCUGCAAACUUGCAGGUGUUACUUUUAUGUGGCAAUCGUCUCACUGGACCAAUACCAGGCUGGAUCAACUCUCUAAGUCAUCUCUUUUAUAUGGAUGUGUCAACCAACAGACUAACAGGACAAAUCCCGUUAACCUUGAUGGAGAUGCCAAUGCUAAAAUCAACUGAGAACAUAACUCAUAUGAACCCAAGGGUCUUUGAUCUGACAGUUACUAAUGGCCCAUCACUUGAAUACCGUACCAUUACAUCUUUCCCAGCAGUGUUGAAUCUAAGGAACAACUGCUUGACAGGUGUAAUUCCCCCGCAGAUUGGCCAGCUCAAAGCGCUUGUUGUUCUUGAUUUCAGUUUUAAUAAGCUAUCCGGGCAGAUCCCACAAUCGAUUUGCAACCUCACAAACUUGCAGUUGCUAGACCUGUCCAGUAACAAUCUCACAGGUGCUAUCCCAGUUGCAUUGAACGCCCUGCACUUCCUUUCGGCGUUCAGCAUUUCAAACAAUAACCUAGAAGGGCCUAUUCCAUCUGGAGGCCAGUUUGAUACAUUUCAGAAUUCUAGUUUCGACAGGAACCCAAACCUGUGUGGCUCUGCUCUCACUCAAAAAUGCAAUUCAGCAGAAGCACAUCAAGCCAUCAUUCUGGCAGCAAAACAAGCUGACUACAAGGUGGCCUUUGUGAUUGAGUUCAGUGCAUUCUUUGGUGUGGGGGUGCUGUAUGAUCAGUUAGUCUUGUCGAGGUACUUUGGCAAGUCCUACUUCGCUUCACAUAUUGGUUCAGUGCGCUAAUAUUAGGCUGGUACUCAGGCAUAGCAACACGUCCAACAAAUAAGCUUCUCAUGUAGGUGUGAGCCACAAUUAGGUUGGCAAAAAAGUAUUCUAGGGUGAAGAGUGAUAUCAUUGUGGAGAUGUAAAAGUAUGCAACAAUGUAACAUGGUUUGAGCUACAAUAUGCA